UAAAGCAGUGCCCUAAGAUUACUAGUCGCAUUACCAUUUAAACUAUGUUGUUUACAGCAAACGGUGAGAUAGGAUCACAAUUGCAUGCACAAUGAGUAUAAUGAAGUUAUAAGUUAUGUAUUCUACACACCAACUUAAAGGCCGCGCAAAACAGUGACUAAUCUGUGCCGCAGUCGUGUUUUGAAUGCACAAUACGCUUGAAGCUGUAGAAUGGCUCUAAAGCUUCUCGAGAACAAACUUCUAUUUCGGCGAAAUAAUGUAAUAAGGUAAUAAGUGCAAAAUCAAUUGCAAUACUUUGUUCAAAGAGUUGCAUUUCUUGGUUAUUUUUUUUUAUUUUGAAGUCUGCAGAUCGAUGAGCUAGUGAGCGAAAAGCGAAGAAAGAUGGGAUUUGCUGUGACUGAAAACCACGACACCAAACCACUAAUUCAACCGACCUGGCACACCUGCCUGAAGCGCUGGUGUGCGUCCUGGCUCCACUGGCCAAGGGUGCAGCGGCGGGCCAGUCGCGAGGAUUGGCUGUUCAAUGGCACCUUUCACGAAGCGUCCCGCGGCGUACUGAUGAUGGCUCAGCUGUUCUCCAUCAUGCCCGUCUGUGGCAUACUGGCGAAGGAUCCGCGAAAGUUACGCUUUUCCUACACGGCGGGCCGUGCGUUCUACGCCUACUUUUGUGCGAUUGGCAUCGGUUUUCUCGCGACCAUGUCGGUGUACUUUUUCGCCAGCAAGCGGUACCACUUUCAGAAGAUGGUGACGGCGUUCUUCUACUGCUACAACCUGUAUGCCAUGUAUCGGUUCGGGCGGCUCGGUCAACGGUGGCCAGCGUUGAUGGUGAAGUGGGCCCGCGUCGAUGACUCGUUGCCACCGCAGAAGGGUCUAUUUGAGCGGGCGGUACUGGCGUACCGGAUUAAGCUCUGCUCGAUCAUGGUGAUGGCACUGUCGCUGUCCGAGCAUUUGCUCUCGAUCGUGGCGGCGGUACACUACUCGAACAACUGUCCCGCCGUGCACGAUCCGUACGAAGCGUUCUUCAAGUCCAACUUUGCAUUCGUGUACUACUACUUCCCGUACUCGACGUGGCGCGGCUUUCUGACCAAAUUCUUCAACGUGAUUUGCAAUUUUAUGUGGAGCUAUGUCGAUUUGUUUGUGAUCGUCAUCAGCAUGGGUUUGUCGCACGCCUUUCGACGCAUCAACGCCCAUCUGUUCCUGCACAAACGAGAGAAAAUGACGGAGCAGUUCUGGGGCGAACAGCGGCAAAAGUAUAGGAAUGUGUGCGAUCUUGUGACGACGGUGGACGAUCACAUCUCCGCCAUCACGAUGCUCUCCAUUUCGAACAAUCUGUUCUUCAUCUGCGUUCAAAUCCUCAACAGCAUGAACUCGCGACCCACCCUGGUGCACACCGUGUACUUCUGGUUCAAUCUGAUCAUUCUCAUCGGCCGUACGCUAGCCGUUGCCAUGUUUGCGGCGGAAGUGAACGACGAAUCAAAGCGCCCGAUCGAGGUACUGCGAACGAUUCCACGCGAGGGCUGGUGCCUGGAGGCGAAACGGUUCGCCGAGGAGGUGACGACCGAUACGGUCGCCCUGACCGGGCUCAAGUUUUUCAGCAUGACCCGCCAGCUGGUGCUGAACGUGACGGGGGCAAUCAUCACGUACGAGCUGGUGCUGAUACAGUUCCACAAGGACGAAGCAUCGGAUGUGGAUUUGUGUAAGCUAAAGCGCAUGGACACGUUGUAAGCGUGGUUCCGAAUUGUUGCUGCCCUUGUAUACGAUGAGGACGAUUGGUCGCUUUCCGUGUUUUUUGUCGUUGGACGUCGUUUGCUGUUUGUGUAGUUUGUAUUCGAUGUACUCGUACCGUAGCCGUUCCAUGUUGAGUGUGAGUGUAGUGCCACUCCCGAGAGCUUGCCUCUAAUAUGGUUUCCCUUUUUUUGGGUUUUGAUAUAAUUUCAGGUUUAUUCGACCCGUUUGAUGACAAAUACUAAUAGUGUAAGCAUUCUGUUGCUUGUGUGAGCGUGCUUUGGAUGUUUGCUGUUUACUAUUUUUAUUGGCGUUCAUCCUUUCCCGAUAACCCUUCCGGAAAGGGGAAACUAUUUCCAGCGAACAGUGGCGAAAGACUGUAUCUUAUUUACCUCUCUAAAGACCCACGGUUCAAAUUUGAUCAUCUAGGCUUCGCUUCAAAAAUCAAACUCCGAACCAUCCUUCCUGGAAGCGUCUCUAGCGAGACAUCUUUAAGAGGGUAUUUGGUAUUAAACCGGCACCAUCCUUCGCUUCGGUUUCGGGAAAAGGGCUGAAAUCUAAUCGAUUGUAAACGCUCCAACCAAGCAUGCCGAGCUCAUUAAUAAACAAUCGUUUCGGUAUCAAUUUUGCAUACCGUCUGUGCUGUCUCGCCUGGAAUGCAAAUGUGUGAAAAAGUGUACCGAAAAAAAUAGUAAUAAAAAAACGAUGCUUUGCCUGAUUAUCUGCAUUUUUUUUUUUUGUAAAACCACGCCAUGGAGGGCCGAUAUUCAUCAUCUUUUCUCGAUAACUUUAUGCAAAGUUGAUUCUUCCGCUGAGACGAAAGACGCCGUCGGUUUAGUUCGCUGACCGGACUGGACGGGCAAAUGAAUGUGGAAAAUUUAAUUAAAUGGAAAUGAGCAGCAGUGGCAGCAUGGGUUUCAGUAUCGCCCGCCCCAAAUGCCCGAUCUCGUUCGGUGAUGAAAACUCACACCCCCUUCCCCCCUCCCCGCCUGUUGGGGCCAGUGUGACGACACACCGAAAAUGAAUUAACUCCAACGCACUAAUGGCGAUCGAUGCUUGGGAGGAAGCUUGCAUCUAGGCUAAUUUAAUAAUAAUUGUCCGGACGGAGGUCACGCAGCCGGUGCCCCGUGGACGGAAGCGACCUUUCUCACGUGCAGAUGGCACGGAAUGAUGGUGUUUAUUACGGUCAGCUUUUAGAGUGGUAGGUAGCCAGUAACAGAACGGUCGAAAAGACAACAGCCACCAUGGGUCAAGUUUGUGCGGCGCUACGUUUCGGAGGUCAUGAAAACGUCAUGAUCACAUUCGAGAAGGG